UGUCGUGUUAAAUUGUUUGGAAAUAUUGUAACAGAGAGAUAAUAGAGCAGAUUCCCGCUUUUAGUUUGAAUUUUUUCCGCCCUGUGGAGUCACGGGAAGCCGUUUCCUAUUUGUACUGUGGCUGGCGUCGUUUCCAGGGUUUCAGCGCUGGUUUGUGUUGAGCGGUCUACGCUUGCCUGAAUCUUGUAAACAAGCUAACGGGAGCUAGCGAAAUUGUUUUAAUGAAAGAGGUGCAGCUCAAAACUAGCAAGCUGCUAGCUGCUCGUCUACAUUUUUCGCAAGCGGGUUGUAUUGUUAAAUCUUGUCACAUUUCUGCGGUUACAAUUGCAGCAAGUAAGCUAGUUGCAGCUAUGUAUCUAGCUUACUAUUAACUGCACAGUUAGCACAGUUAACGUAAGCAAGCAGGACAGUUUAGCUUAUGAAAAAGUAACUUGCAACUCAGUUUUUGAGCGCGUAUCAUUAACCUCGCUAGCCAGAAUAAUUCCAAUUUUUAAUGGCUGCUAUGCUAAAGUGCCAAUUUCAGCGGAGACGAGUAUCUAAAGUUGUCCAGCAAGGCGAUGGCUUGGUUGUUUGGAAAACAAUACUAGCUAACAUUAACUUGCGUAACUAGAUGCAUUUAUGGAAAACCACGAAUUUCGUCAACUUUGUAAAAUCUACUGUUUUCUAGCUGAAGUAUACUGUAGUCAUGUCAAGCACCCUCGUCUGUAUAGCCAGUUUGACUAGUUUAACCCAUGCGCUUUUUAAAAAUCAAAAUAAAAUUAGCCAGUUAGGGAGCAAUGUGCAAAGCUUACUCUUUCAGGGAGCAGCAGGACUCUCCUUAAUUGCAGCAUCUGUUAUUUCUCUGACGGGUAGCUAGUCAGCUUGCACACGUGUUGCUUCUCUUGUAUUUCUGGGGUCGCCUUCAUGUCAAUAUGGAAUUGCAUCUUGAGGUGGUGUUACUGUCUACUAUCAAGAGAAAGAAACCAUGGCCUCGGUUUUGCUGGCUUGGAUUGGAGAAGGAGUCUGUGUUCCUGCUGGAUGACAACCGGAUCAGUGAGAUCAACAUGGUUUCGGGGCGCACCAAGAGGAAGGUUCCCAAACUGCAGCCCCUGGUCCAGAGGGCCCUGACCACGACGGUGUCCCAGAACGGCAUGUGGCUCGCUGGGCUGCUCGUCUCAGGAGAUGUUUUUCUGUGGAGCAAAGACCGGGGCUGCCUGAAAACCAUCAACGCUGCCCCCUCUGUGUCUGAGCUGGUCACUGCAGCUCAUGAGGGCUCCAUACGCCUGUCCCUGCUGGUUUCGGGUGAUGGCCGGCGGGUGCUCCUCACGGCCCUGACGGGACAGGUCUUCCUGUGGGAGUGCUCGGACCGGCAGGACCUGGCUGGCGCACGGGAUGGGGUGGUUAGAGGGCACUGGCGGCACGUUUUGCCCCCAGAAACGGCAGCUCUGCCCUCCCCCCAGGACAAGGAGGCAUCCCAGAACAGCGUUUUUGCCCAGGGGGAGGCGGUGGGGGACUGUUGCCUGACAGCGUUCGUCUUCACCGCGGGGGCACAGCUGACGGUCACCUUCCUUAGGAUCCAGUGGGAGGAGAGCUCGAAGCUCAGCUCUGCAGGCUGCAGCGUGCACUGGGUCACGCAGACGUACCCCCUGCCGCAGCUGUCUCCGCCGUGCCGGCCGGUCAAGUCCAGGGGCGCGCUGGUCCCGGCUCUCUGCCCCGACGGGCAGCUCCUGGCCGUCGCCUUGAACCAGAGAGACCCCAGAGCCACUCAGGUUCUGUUCAUCAGCACCCUGAACUUUGUCACCGUGUCCAGCUGGCUGGGGGGCUGCGGCAGCAAGAACCUCUCCAUCCCGUCCAAGUACACUAGGUCGUACUGGGUGGCCUGCAUGAGCUGGGCCCCGGGGGGCCUGCUGCUGGCCUGCGUGCUGAAGCGGGGCUCCCUCCUCCUCCUGGCGCGGCUCGGGGGCCUGCUGUCCCUCUCCACCUCGGGCUGCAGCGUGGAGCUGGGCCCCGCCCACUUCCUCCCCCUGCACCCGCUGGUCACCUGCAGGUUGCCGGGGCCCGCGUUGCCCGGCGACGCGUCGCCGACCAGCUCCUGCGCGUCGGCGCGGGACGCCCUGCGGCAGCGGUACUCUGCCGCGUGGCACCCGCGCCAGCCCUACCUGCUCAUGUCCGACGGGUACACCGCCAGCGUGCUGCGGGCGCCCCCCCCACAGGCCUCCCCCUCUGCGCUGGUCCGCUCGCUCCUCCUGCACUGCGCAGAGGGGCUGGAGAGGGCGCGGGGGGGCCUGGGGCACGGCAAGCCCCAGGUGAGGCGAGUGCUGGAGUCCAUGCCCACGCUGAAGCUGACGGCCGGUCUGCAGGAGCUCGGGACGCAGGAAGCCGCUUCGUCCACCCUGCCUCACUUCCUGCGAGACGAGACGGACUCUAUGGGCAUCACGCAGACGUACACUGGGUCUCAGUUUGCAGGCGAGGAGGACUCUGAUGAUGAAGGCACUCAGUUCCUGGGCACGCACGUGGGGGACAGGGGGAGGCUGGAGUUUGCCUCCAUGUUCGACACGCUCCACGCCCAUUCCGACUCCCGCCUCGACGACCCUCCCGACCCCGAGGAGGCCCGGGACGAGGAAGGGGGCUCCCCGGCCGUCCUGGACGAGCUGGAGCGUGCCCAGAGGAGCCUGCUGACGGCCUGGGCCCUCGCCGUGUCCAUGGGGGACGUCCUGGAGGACGGGGGGCGCCUGCUGAGGUCCGCCGUCCGCUGCGCGGUCCGCCUGGCCGGCCUCCUCCAGGUCGCCCCGCCGAAAGGGGAAAAGCCCCCCGCCCCGGGGCUGUCCCGCGCCUGGCCCCUCUUCCGAAACCUCUACGCCCUCCUCCCCUGGGACGGCCUGCGCGGGGGCGGCUGCCUGGGGGCGGCCGUAGAGCUCACCGGGCGGAUGGUUCGGCUGAUCCUCUCGCCCCUCUCCGACGACGCUCCCAAACGCGGGCGCCCCGGGCUCGUCCCUCAGACCCUGUCCUCCGCCCUCCUCUUCCUCCGAAUGGCCUCGCGGAGUCUGGACCUCGCCUACUCCCUCCCCCAGGGGGCGCCGCCGCUCGCCUCCGACGUCUUCUCCGUACCGUUCCUUAAAGAGGGGAACGAGAGUGGCGUAUCCCAGAAUGCAUUGCUCGCCGGACAGCGGCCUUCUAGCAGAUUACUGGAGGUGUGGCGGGGGUUAUAUGGGCGGACGCUGCAGUACCAGGCGGCCUCGCUCUCCCAGACGGGCCCGGCUCGCUGCGCCGCUGAGCAGGAACGGCUCGCCGGCGUCCUGCACCUGAUCCAGCGCGCCAUGCAGGAGCACGGAGACCAGCUGGGGGACGGACCCGCCCUGCACCGAGCCACGGGAGAACAACUUUUCCUGUGUGGCUCGUAUGGAGAAAGCGCUGAAGUUUGGAGAGCGGAGCUGUGUGCAGAGAAAGAAAAAGGGGGCGCGAUGCUGUGCGUGCUGGAGACCCGGUUCUGUCUGGCCCUCCUGUACGGGCACCUCUUCCAGUACCAGCUGCACCGGGCCCUGGGUCUGUGUGAGCACCUGGCCCGGCAACUGACCCCCCAGUCCCGCCUGGAGGAGGAGAGCGGGGCGGAGUCAGCCGAAGGCGUGGGGCGGGGCUGGGAGGCCUGGCUGCCGGUGCCGGUGGGGCGGGAGGCUGCGUGCGCCGUAGUGCAGUCCUUCGGCAGGUUCAUGGCCGCCUACUUCACCAACCAGCCACUGAGCGUCCUCCCCCCGCACAGCGUGGGGGUCCUGCCCCCCCUCCAUCUCCCUGCAGGUACGGCCCCCGGUCAGCGCUUGGUGCCCCUCUCUCGGAGCCGGGUUUUGGGAGAGGUGUGGAGGCAGCAGCUGUCGGAGGUGUGGACGGUGGACUACGCCCUGGAGCUGCUCCUGCAGGGGGGCCUGCUCCCCGAGGCCGCCUGGCUGGCCCACCGCCUGGGCGACUGGAAGACCGCGGCCUCCCUCAGCCUGGCCUACUGCACCUACUGCAGCGAGCAGGCCGACUUCAGCAGGCUGAAUUGGAGGGAACUGCACCUCCCAGCCCAGCUCCAGCCCGGCUGUAUUUUCCGGGAGCAGCUGGAGCUCCUGCUGGGCCUGGAGGCUGGAGGAGAGCCGGACCAAAGCGGCACAGACAGCAGGUCUUAUGAGCAGUUUGCAGAUGCAGUGAUGGAGGAGGACGUGGAGCUGCAGGUGUCUGUGCAGGAGGUGCUGAGGGCCUCGGUCAUGGCCCGGGUGGACGUCCUGUCCCGGCCCCUGCACCGGCUCACCGACGCCGCCAAGGACCUGGCGUCCCGCCUCUCCGGCCUGGUGCCCCCCGGGGUCUACCUGCCCGCCCCCCCGCUGUACUGCCCCCAGCCGGCCUCGGACACGCAGGCCUCCGUGGGGGAUGUGGGCGUGGCCUCAGAGGGGCGGUCCCGGCAGUGCAUUUCGGGGGUGCUGCAGAGGGCGCUGCUGCUCCUGAGGUCGGCUAACUGCUCCCUCCCCGCUGCCCAGUGGUACAUCACCAACCUGCAGCAGCGUCAGCAGCUACUGCACAAGAAACUCAGCCAGCCCUUGAACCCAUUCCCAGAGGGACUGAAGGAGUUUGUGACUUCCGGAGCCUUCUUUAGUCCUGGAACCAAUGGAGAAGCAUGCUUGGACAGUGUUACAGUGCAGGUUAUAGCAUGCUUCAGGGAGGUGUGCGGACUGUGUUGGAUGCUACAUGUCCGGGACCAGCUGUCCGUCUCCUGCAGGAAGUACCAGGCUGCAAGGACCCAAGUGGCACUGUGCCAGGUUGGUGAGUCCGCGGGUGGUGGUGGCAGCGAUGUGGUGGAGCGCUGUACGGACGCGCUACGCUGGGCCUGCCGCCUCCUUCCCUUCGCUCGCUUCCUGAAGGCUGAGGAACUCCUCCAGGAUCUGGUGCUCAGCUUGGUGUCUGAGCUACCCCCCGUCACUAUGGUGGCGGACAUUCUGGCCCAGGUGUUCCCAGAGGAAGAGGAGUCCGUCCAGGUCUCCCUGAGGGAGAAAUAUAGCGCCCUUCUGCAGAGACUGCGGCACUGCACUCUCCCCGUCUCAGAGCUGGACGGUGCCGAGCUCCAGAGGGAGGCGAUGCUGACCGUGCUGAUUCAGCAGCAGCUGGUCCACAGACGCCGGGUCCAGCGCAAGAUCGCCAGACACCUCGCCCCGCUGAAACGGCAGAUCUGGGAGAGGCUCGAGGAGGAGGAAGAAGAGCGAACGUUCGACCGCUUCUCUCCUAGUCACAGCACGCUCUCGGACUCCAGGUGCUCCCCGCUGAGCAACGGCAACAGAACGGCCACGCCCACUGACAGCCAGGAAAGGCCUGCUUUCAGCCCCCAGCUGCAGAGAGGGCAGCCCUGGUCAGAUGGCCCUGAUGGAGACAGGCCUGUGGAGAGAGGGACCGGGCGGAGCGGAGGGAAGGAGGCCAUCAGCGCCCCGCCCCCCAUCGGCACCUGGGAGUUUGAGCUGCUGGACGAAGAGUACCCCCGCUUCCUGGAGCUCUUCCUCAGCUACGUCCUGGAGAGGGACUGCGGCGAGGACAAGGCCCUGGCCCUGCCCCUCCUGAGCGGCUUCUCCCCCCAGCUGCGGGAGGCGGAGCUCCACUCCCUGGCCUUCGACGUGCUCACCACCCUCAAACGCCGCCAGAGGGGGCAGUGGAGCGCCGCGGGGAGGAGGCCCGGCGGUGCCCCCGCCCCGGCCCCCCAGGGCCCCUCCCGGCUACCGUCCCCCGGCCCGAGUCUCUCCGUCCGGAGCGAGGCCCUGGUCAGGACCAGCACCCCCUCCGGCGUCCAGCCCCCCGGCCCCCGCGCAGAGUGGCCCCAGGGCCUGUUCGGCCUCCGACAGGCUCGCCAGCCAAUGAGAGUCGCCCAAGCGGAAGGGGCGUGGCCCGGUCCCGAAGCCGGGCGGAGCUCCCCCGCGUGGACCCCCCAGUCAGACCACAAGGCCCCGCCGUCGCUGGACCUCCCCGAACCGGAGGCCCGUUUCCGGGACCUGAGCAGGCUGCUGGAGUGGAUGGUGCGCUGGGCGGACAGGAGGGUUCGGGUCGGCCACCCCGCCCCCAGGAGGACCGGCGCUGGGGGGGCGGCCGAGGGGGUGGUGAUGAGGGCCAAAGCCUCCACCCCAGCGGUGCUCACCGCCCUGAGGGUGCUGGAGAGCAGAUACACCGCCGCCCUGCUGGCCGCAGGCGGGCACCGCCCCUCCUUCAGGGGCCCAGGGGCGGAGUUCACUCCAGCCCUCGCUGAGCCGGAGGUGGAGAGGAGGGUGCGCACAGGAUGCAUUGCGUCCUCUGAGUCGCCCAUCAGCCUGCCUCCCCUGGAGAGCCUGCACGGGGAGGACUCUGAAGCGUCCGAAGUGGAAGAGGUGGAGCCAGAGACAGACGUGGAUAGAGCAGUAUACCAGUUCCGCCAGGAGGGGGCGCUUCGCGCUGACCCAGAGAGUAGGCCAAGGGAAGCUUCCGGGGGCUCACAGGAUGAACCGUACGGCUUUGCUGCUGAGUCUGAGAGUGAGAGCAGGAGGGAGGAGUCCUUUAGCCCUGCGGGUUCCGCCUCCUGCAUCUCGGUCCAGAUCAAGACCCUCCCCAGGAGGCCUAACCGUUCCCACGAGCAGGCGCUGACCCUUGCUGAUCUGGAUUCUGACAGAGAGGAGACGGAAGGAGAUGUAUCUCACGGUACUAGUGUUGAGCUCCGGGACCCUGACCCUGCCCUGGAGCCGAACGUCCAGCCGACGCCUGUGCCAGGCCCGCAUCCUGGCCCUCGAGUACAGAGCUUACCCAGCAGCAGCACACCCCAACUGGGCAUGAGCCCUGACGCACCGCCCCCACCAGCACCGCCCCCAGCGGUACCGCCAGAGCCCUUCAGGCAGCUGGUCCAGGAGCAGAUCUUCAGAUUGGUGCAGUUCCAACAGAUGAGCUUCAUUAGCAUCCUGCAAACUGUGGCUGCCUCUUUCCCAAAUCUGCCCCCAAUGAACCAGAGCCAGUACCCCAAUCCCACAGAUAAUCUGCCCCCCUUAAACCAGAGCCAGUACCCCAAUCCCACACCUAAUCUGGCUCCAUCUAACUCAGCCCAGUACCCCAUUCCCACAGAUAAUCUGUCUUACUUAAAUCAGACCCGGUACCCCAAUCCCACUGAUAAUUAUCUGCUCCCCUUAAACCAGAGCCAAUACCCCAAUCCCACAGAUAAUCUGGCUCCCUUAAACCAAAACCAGUACCCCUUUCCCACAGAUAAUAGGGCCCACCAGCCAAGAGCUCCUUUUUUCCAACCCAGACCGCAGGGCCCACACCAGCCUGAUCCACAGAGCCAAGGCCCAGUCACAAUACCACAGUGGUCUGCAGAAAAGGCAGAGCAGGGGCAUAUUCACGCGGUCCAGAGCCACAGCCCAGUCACUGUGCCACAGCGCUCCACAGAAGACCCCGAUGAGCCUGAGGAUGUCCUCUCUCUGAGCUUCAGCAGUGUGAGCCAGUGCCAGAGCGACGUGGAGAGCAUCAGUGAGGAAGUCCGGGAAUUUCCUGUCCAUCCGGAGGAGCUGAGGGUAUCCCAGGCCGAGAGGGAAAACUUCGUCCUCCGUUCCUUUAGGAACGGCUGCGUUACCCCUGUUCCCCACCAGGGGGUGCCACUGCUGCGUGCUGCUGGCUCCUCGCAGGGCAGCUUGAGCGCUGUUCCUCCAGCGCCCCGGGGGAUAAAACUGCUGCAGCUGCCCCCCCCUGCCCGGUCCUCCCUGCCCCCCCCCUCCUGUCCCCACAGGCCUCCUCUACAGCGCCGCCGCUGCCGCUCACCCCCCAAGAGAGGCUUUUGUACGCCCUCACACUGACGCCCUGUCACGCGGAGAGAGGCAAGCCCAGCCCCGCGGCCGUUUGGGACUCCCCAGGAGCGCGUCUUUCUGGACCCGCGCGUCCGUACGGCCCCGGGUCACGUGACCCAGCCCAAAACCCCCGACAGCCCCGGGAGGGGAAUGGGGCAAGGCGCCCCCCUCAACCUGAUCCUGGCCCCCCAGUCCCACAGACAGCCCCCGCCCCAUGGGCUCCCGCUGCUGCGCUUCCACCCGGAGCCCCGUCUGCCUGCCGCCGUCGCUCACGCCCCUGUCGCCAACUCCGCCAAGCCUCUCAUCUCUGUGCCGGGACCUCCAGGGCCUCCUUGGCCUGCAGGACCUCCAUGGGCUCCAGGGCCUCCAGGGCACUCAGGGCUUAGCUCCAGUAUUCAGCUGCUCCAGAGGGACCCUGAUCCGCCCAGCAAGGUGCUCCUGGGACGGGGGGCAGCGUGGACGCAGGAGCAUCGGGGGGGUGCAGCGGGCGUGGCUGCGCUCCGCCUCCUCACUGGGGUCUCACGGGACGGCCCCGCCCACAACACCCUCGCCUCCAGCAAAAGGCAGAAGAGGAGGGACGAGAGAGAGCAGGAGGGGGAAUACAGAAGCACCGGCAGACUGGAGGGUUUUUCCGUCCCUGCCACAGAGCCUGAUAAAGUUGAAGCACCGGGGUCUGCAUUGGAGGAGGACUUUGUCAUAUCAAAUGAGCCGAUCGGCUCCUUGCUGGGGGGGCGGGACCUGGUCUCCAGGGCGCUGUCCACUGCAGCCGAGCUGCACGCCUUCGCCAGCACGCAGAAACGGCCUCCUGAGCUCCACGACGCCUGCACCAACACUGACUCCGCGCCCCCUGCUGGUGAGGUGCAGGUAGAGACCGCAGCAGCGGUGUGUCCUGGGGUCCUCCUGAACCUACAGUUCCCCCGGGAGCCAGAGAGCACGGACAGAGUCGAGCAGGUGCUGGAUGUGCAUGGCGCUGGGCGGCACUUCAUCAACGUCGUCAAUCUGGAGGACGAGGAGCUGCUGGUGCACCUGCCCUCCCGCCAGAGUCCCACUUCCCCCAGCAGACCCACCUCACCCCCCGUCUCCCCCCAGCCCCGCCUGCUCGCUGCUCCGGCCGCAAACCCCGCCCUUCCUGACCUUCCCGUCGCUGACCGAAUGGCUGUGGAGAUGAUGGUGGACGCACAGCUGGAGCCCCGAGAGAGCCCCAGCCCCCCUGCAGCGCCGGCCGCCUGGGCUGCUCCUGAGCCCCCGCAGGAGAGGGAGCCACUCGGGGUGCCCAAGGAGAGGGAGCCUGUGGGCCUGAGAGGCUCUUUGGGCUUCAGCGUGAGCUUCAGUGACAUGGUGGAACAGAGCUACAGCGACAGGGUUACUGAGGGAGGGAUGGCGGAAGCUUUUGAUGCCACAAUGGACAGGUCUGUAAGGUUAGCAGAUGAGCCUCUGGAGCUGAGUGACAUGGCUGACACCCUGGCAGAGCUGGUAGGGGGGAGAGGCGCCUUCACAUCUCUGCUCGGUCUGUCAGACACUCAGAUGGACAGGUUGAUCAGACUGGGUGAACAGAAAAACGUGGAUGCAGACCAGGAGCAGGAGAGGCAGGAACUGCGGGCCUGGAUGAGGAAGAGGCAGAGGGAGAUGCUCGCGGAGUACCGCAGGCAGAGGGAGGAGAGGAGAGAGAGGGAGCACAGGCCGUUCACUCCUUCGACCACUCAGACUCUCACGUCCAGAGAGCUUUCUACCAACAAGAAAAUGAAGGAAAUGAAGGAAAAGACCCUGCUGCUGGAGCACCACACUCAGAGAGCCAGGGAGGCCUGCAGCCUGAUAACAGAGCUGCUCGCACCCUCACCGGCCCUGUCCACCCUCACCAAGGCCCCCCAGCCCCAGAGCACCAAUCAGAGCAUCCGCUGGUCCAAGGGCCACCUGCCACAGAGCACCAAUCAGAGCGGCCGCUGGUCCAAGGGCCCCCAGCCCCAGAGCACCAUUCAGAGCAGCCGCAGGGCAGUGCCACGUGGCCUCAGCAGGCCCGAGGGGCGGAGGGGGAGGAGCGCUCCGUUCCCCGUGUCCGCUGCUCCACGGAGGAGCGCCACAGCGUCAGGAGAGCAGCAGCCCAGCGACCGCCAGCAGCACAGACCUGGUGCCCUCCCAGAUACCCGUCUGAGCCGAUGGGGCAUGAGAGACAUGCAGGGCAGGAGAGUGGGGAAAGGCUGGAUGAAGGCAAUGGGGCCGUCCCUGAGGGAAGGUAGGAGGAGAGGAGAGACGGACCUGAGAGAGGAGGUGGACGAGAGGGAGGAGGAGGUGGUGAGCCCCUGGAACCCUCCCCCGGAGAUCCGCAGGCUGCUGGGACUGGAGGAGCAGGGCUCAGUGGCGGAGGGGAGCGGCGCCGGACUCUGGCUGAAGAGUCUGGACUCCCUCUCCGACAGCACCGGCAGCAUUCUCAGCAAACUGGACUGGGCCGCCAUCGAAAAGAUGGUAGCAGGGGAGGAAGAAGUCUGAUCCAAAGAUUAUUUAUGUUGUGACGGAACAUGGUGUGCGGCAGUUAAACUGUCAAAUUUGCUAGGUUUGCAGUUUUUGAAUUUGUAAUAUGAAUUUUUCUAUUUUGUUUUGGUACUUUAAGUGCUCUGUACUCUCAGUAAAUGCUGUAAAUAUGAUAUUGAUUGUGAUUUUAAUGUUCUUUUUUAUUCUAGUAUAUGAUUAAAUGUGUCCUUAGUGCAAUGUCAUUUUAGAGAGACUUUAAAGUUUUACUUUCCAAAGUAUCAGUUGCAAAGAAUGCAGUUGAUCUCAGAAUGUCAUAAAUCACUUUUUUAUAAAUGAUGCCAGAAGCCUGUGAUGGUGCCACUGGUGUUUCCAAUAAAUUUUUAAAAAUCCAA